AUCAGGGAGAUGCUUGAACCAUCGAAGAAAAUGGUGAAGAGACAUACCGUUCUCCUACUACUUGUCUUUGUAAUUAUGUUCUCCUACAAUGUCCUGGAGGGUGGUGCAUACCAGAACCAAGUGGCAUUCUCUCGCAAAGAGCUGAAAGCAGAGCAGAAAGUAUCCUUUACUGGAAUGGAUCCAUCGCUUGGCGGGCAGGUUUCCGGCGCGACCGAUGCAGGAGGUGCAAGCAAUAACGCUGAAAUAUCAAAUGCUAAAACUACUGCUGCCACGGAGUCCCACCGCGACGUCUCAUGGGAUCAGUUCCGUGGUAUCAUCAUCCACACCCACCAGGUCAAGAAACCAUAAUGAUGAACUAAGACAAACGACCAUGGGCACCAAUCUGAUAUAUAUCCAUGGAUGAACAAAUUAUCAAGUUGGCAAUUUCUACACUAAGAUGUGGGUUCUCUGUUAUAUAUGUGUGUGUAAUAUAAUAUGGAACUGAUAUAUUGUAAGACUUGGAUGGUAUGUUGGAUUAUGAAGCUACUUAUUGCUGUACUAAUUAUAGUACAUGGUAUUGUACUAUACACUGCAGAAUAAACAUGCCCACGGUCCAUGGUAAUGCCCACUAUUUAUAAUUA